CUUAUUCCAUAUCCUAUGGCUGCACAGCAAUUUAAUUGCCAGAAUUCAGAUGCUAAAAAAAGCACAAACAAACCUAAAACGAUGAUGUUCCACCCUUUAUACUUGUUCUUCUUCAUCUGUAUAUAUUCAACAAUCAAAAUGACCAGCAGCGCUGCCUCCGCCACAGCGUACAACGCCACAGAAGUAAUCCUCCUAAGCUGCGGCGCAUCAACAAUCACAAACGACACCAGCCUCCGGAGUUGGGACAGCGAUCAAGGUUCAAAAUACGUGCCAUCAAACGCUCCCAUAUCUUCAGCUUCCGAAGCUCUCACUAUGGAUCCUUCGGUUCUAGCAGUCCCUUACAAGACGGCUCGUGUUUUCCAUUCCCCUUUCACAUACAAUUUCCCCCUCAGUCGAGGCCAGAAAUUCCUCCGCCUUUACAUGUACCCCAGCAUCUAUUCCGACGCCAACACUAGUCAAUCUCUCUUCUCUGUCAAUGCCAAUUCCUUCACCCUGUUUACACACUUCAGUGCUUUCCUUUAUUCCAAGAGUUUAAAACGACCUUCUUUUAUGAUGGAAUUCAUCAUUAGCAUUGGAGCAACCGAAAUACUCAAUUUAACCUUCACCCCCAGUCCAAAAUCUUAUGCUUUUGUAAACGGAAUUGAAAUUGUGUCUAUACCUGAUAAACUCUACCUUGAUGAAGAAGGCGAGGAAAUCAAAUUCGUGGAUAGGUUGUUUUAUCUCAACAGCAAUACGGCUUUGCAAAAUCUUUACAGGUUGAAUGUGGGCGGCACCUCUGUUUCGAUAGAAGAAGAUAGUGGCAUGUUUCGGAGCUGGAGUCCUGACGAUGAUUACAUAUUCUACGGCGAUAUGGGAUUGACGCCGCAUGACGAGGGGAUUGUCAUCCACUACACCAACAAUACUCCUCCAUAUGUCGCACCGCCAGCAGUAUACAAAUCUGCUAGAACAAUGACCAAUGUCAGCAGAAAUUUAAUAUGGGCAUUUCCGGUUGAUUCUGGAUUCUUCUAUAUGCUCCGCUUCCACUUUUGUGAUUUUGUUCACAAAAAGGAAAACGACAUAUCGUUUACAAUAAUAAUCAAUAAUCAGACUGCAGAUAUUACAGUCGAUGUCAUCUUCUCGGCUGGCGCCCCUGAUCUUCCCAUCUUCAAAGAUUACAUAACAUGGGUUCCUGAUGUUGGAAAUCGUGGAAUGCAAGACCUGCGGCUAUCUUUAGUUCCUAACGUUAAGUCCGGACCAAGAUACAUCAAUGCUAUGCUAAAUGGAUUAGAAAUUUUCAAACUCAAUGAUUCGACUGCAAGUUUUGCAGCAUCCAACAAUAAACUGGUGAUCGAUUCACCGCCGGCUUCAGUACCAGGGAACCCGCCAAUGAAGAAGAAAAACAGUUUUGUGAUUUACACUGUGGUGGGGAGUGUUAUCAGCCUAAUUGUGGUGGUUGCAGCCGUGUCUAUCUUGGUUCUCUGGCGGCAACGGAAGUCGAGGUCCACUGCGGGAACUAGGGAAUCAGGCAUCUCCCUGCGUUGCGAUACAUGCAGAUACUUCUCAAUCGCCGAGAUCAGGACUGCCACCCGCAACUUCGACGACAGCUUCGUCAUCGGCAGGGGAGGCUUCGGCAACGUCUAUAAAGGAUUCAUCGAUAACGCGGCCACAACAGUAGCAAUCAAAAGGCUCAACUCCACCUCCAACCAAGGCACUUGCGAGUUUCUUACUGAGAUCGACAUGCUUUCCAAGCUUCGCUACCUCCACUUGGUCUCCCUCAUCGGCUACUGCAACGACAACGGCGAGAUGAUCCUGGUAUACGACUACAUGGCCCAUGGCACCCUCCGCGACCACAUCUGCAACUCCAACAACUCGCCCUUAAUGUGGAAGCAGCGCCUCCAAAUCUGCCUGGGCGCCGCCAAGGGACUGGACUACCUCCACACCGGCACCAAGCACGCCAUAAUCCAUCGCGACGUCAAGUCCACCAACAUCCUACUUGAUGGGAAAUGGGUGGCCAAAAUCUCAGAUUUUGGACUGUCCAAAAUGGGACCAGAAAAUGAGUCAUUCACCCACAUCAGCACCAACGUCAAAGGCACGUUCGGAUACUUAGACCCCGAGUACUUCUCGACCUGUAAACUGACGACAAAAUCUGAUGUAUAUGCUUUUGGGGUGGUUUUAUUCGAAGUUGUAUCUGGAAGAGCUGCAGUGGACAUGAGACUUGAGGAGGAGCAACAUAGCCUAGCCGGAUGGGCUCGGCUCUGCAUACAAGAGGGAAAAGUGGAUCAGCUGAUUGAUCCCAGCUUGACGGGGCAGAUUUCAGCAGCUUGUUUGGAAGCAUUUGUUGGAAUUGGAGGCAGAUGCAUACAUUUUCAGCCGAAAGAGAGGCCUGCAAUGGCAGAUGUAGUUAAAGGCCUUGAGUUAGCCAUGGCUCUACAACAGGCACCCAAUAGAACAAGUUUUGGCAUGACACCCUAUGAACAUUCCUACAACUUCUUCCUCUUUCUAUCCCUUUCGCCGGCGGCAGCCCAACCAAACCCCAAUCCAGAUCACAUGGCCGGCCUCAUCUCCAUCCCCAUGGACAUCCUCGUCGUCGCCCUCGUCUUGAGCUUCUACAUCAUCUACCACUACUGCUACGACGCCUCUGCCCGCGGCCUCGACGCGUCGGCGAUCAAGUCUUCGGCAUCACUUAUUCCAUAUCCUAUGGCUGCACAGCAAUUUAAUUGCCAGAAUUCAGAUGCUAAAAAAAGCACAAACAAACCUAAAACGAUGAUGUUCCACCCUUUAUACUUGUUCUUCUUCAUCUGUAUAUAUUCAACAAUCAAAAUGACCAGCAGCGCUGCCUCCGCCACAGCGUACAACGCCACAGAAGUAAUCCUCCUAAGCUGCGGCGCAUCAACAAUCACAAAAGACACCAGCCUCCGGAGCUGGGACAGCGAUCAAGGUUCAAAAUACGUGCCAUCAAACGCUCCCAUAUCUUCAGCUUCCGAAGCUCUCACUAUGGAUCCUUGGGUUCCUGCAGUCCCUUACAAGACGGCUCGUGUUUUCCAUUCCCCUUUCACAUACAAUUUCCCCCUCAGUCGAGGCCAGAAAUUCCUCCGCCUUUACAUGUACCCCAGCAUCUAUUCCGACGCCAACACUAGUCAAUCUCUCUUCUCUGUCAAUGCCAAUUCCUUCACCCUGUUUACACACUUCAGUGCUUUCCUUUAUUCCAAGAGUUUAAAACGACCUUCUUUUAUGAUGGAAUUCAUCAUUAGCAUUGGAGCAACCCAAAGACUCGAUUUAACCUUCACCCCCAGUCCAAAAUCUUAUGCUUUUGUAAACGGAAUUGAAAUUGUGUCUAUACCUGAUAAACUCUACCUUGAUGAAGAAGGCGAGGAAAUCAAAUUCGUGGAUAGGUUGUUUUAUCUCAACAGCAAUACGGCUUUGCAAAAUCUUUACAGGUUGAAUGUGGGCGGCAUCGUUUCGAUAGAAGAAGAUAGUGGCAUGUUUCGGAGGUGGAGUCCUGAUGAUGAUUACAUAUUCUGCUGCGAUUAUGGAUGGACGCCACAUGACGAGGGGAUUGUCAUCCACUACACCAACAAUACUCCUCCAUAUGUCGCACCGCCAGCAGUAUACAAAUCUGCUAGAACAAUGACCAGCAUCAGCAGAAAUUUAAAUUGGGCAUUUCCAGUUGAUUCUGGAUUCUUCUAUAUGCUCCGCUUCCACUUUUGUGAUUUUGUUCACGAAAAGGAAAACGGCUCAUUGUUUACAAUUAUAAUCAAUGAUCAGAUGGCAGAUAUUACAGUCGAUGCCAUCAUCUUGGCCGGCAACCCUGAUAUUCCCAUCUUCAGAGACUACAUAACAUGGGUUCCUGAUGUAGAAAAUCGUGGAAAGCAAGACCUGCGGCUAUCUUUGGUGCCAAGAUAUAUCAGCGCUAUGCUAAAUGGAUUAGAAAUUUUCAAACUCAAUGAUUCGACAGCAAGUUUUGCAGCAUCCAACCAUGAACUGGUGAUCGAUUCACCGCCGGCUUCAGUACCAGGGAACCCGCCAAUGAAGAAGAAAAACAGUUUUGUGAUUUACACUGUGGUGGGGAGUGUUAUCAGCCUAAUUGUGGUGGUUGCAGCCGUGUCUAUCUUGGUUCUCUGGCGGCAACGGAAGUCAAGGUCCACUGCAGGAACUAGGGGAUCAGGCGUCUCCCUGCGUUGCGAUACAUGCAGAUACUUCUCAAUCGCCGAGAUCAGGACUGCCACCCGCAACUUCGACGACAGCUUCGUCAUCGGCAGGGGAGGCUUCGGCAACGUCUAUAAAGGAUUCAUCGAUAACGCGGCCACAACAGUAGCAAUCAAAAGGCUCAAGUCCACCUCCAACCAAGGCGCUCCCGAGUUCCUUACUGAGAUCGACAUGCUCUCCAAGCUUCGCCACCUCCACUUGGUCUCCCUCAUCGGCUACUGCAACGACAACGGCGAGAUGAUCCUGGUAUACGACUACAUGGCCCAUGGCACCCUCCGUGACCAAAUCUGCAACUCCAUCAACUCACCCUUAAUGUGGAAGCAACGCCUUCAAAUCUGUCUAGGCGCUGCCAAGGGACUGGACUACCUCCACACUGGCACCAAACACGCCAUCAUCCACCGUGACGUUAAGUCCACCAACAUCCUACUUGACAGGAAAUGGGUGGCGAAAAUCUCAGAUUUUGGACUGUCCAAAAUGGGACCAGAAAAUGAGUCAUUCACCCACAUCAGCACCAACGUUAAAGGCACGUUCGGAUACUUAGACCCUGAGUACUUCUCGACCUGUAAACUGACGAGUAAAUCGGAUGUAUAUGCUUUUGGGGUGGUUUUAUUUGAAGUUAUAUCUGGAAGAGCUGCAGUGGACAUGAGACUCGAGGAAGAGCAACAUAGCCUAGCCGGGUGGGCUCGGUAUUGCAUACAAGAGGGGAAACUGGAUCAGCUGAUUGACCAGAGCUUGACGGGGCAGAUUUCAGCAGCUUGUUUGGAAGCGUUUGUUGGAAUCGGAGGCAGAUGCUUACAUUUACAGCCGCAAGAGAGGCCUGCAAUGGCAGAUGUAGUUAAAGGCCUUGAGUUAGCCAUGGCACUACAAGACACACACCCAACACAACAAGUUGAAGAAGCUGGAACUGCUUGAGUCUUAAGCCAACACAUGUAAUGUAAGUCUCGUUUCUCUAUGCUCAAAGUCGGACGUAUACUCAAUUCUGUAUGUUCAAAUUGAAUCAAAUGCUAAUGAUGAUACUCAAGGUUGAGAGUACAGCCAAUAAAGGGGUGAAACUGAAAUAGAAAUUCAUUGUAAUUUCUACUUGAAAGUUGAAUCCAAGGAAUUGUAAUUAGUGUUCUAUAAUCACUUUGCAACAAAACAAUGUUAGUGGUGUUUUUCUUUUAC